AUGUUUAUCAAGUGGAAAUUUAUUUGGAUGGAGAGUUAUUUACAGUCCUGUGAUCAUCCAACAGAUCAACGAGAAGAUGACGGAAGAUCAUUAUGUGUUGAAUCUCUUCCGUUAAAUCAUGAUUAUGUAUCUGUAUGUAUUCUUACAUUACCUUGUUUAAAUGACCAAUAUUUGACAAGAGAUGAUCUUGAUUUGCCUGAAAUUUGUCAAGAAAUUCCAAUAAAACAUUUACGAGAUAACUCAAUCACUCGUUUUAGAAUGUUAGAUGAAAUCAAUAUAUUAAUAACAUUAAAAAUUAAUGAAGAUAAUGAUUCUAUUGCAUGCCCCACUUGUUUAGUAUGGGAUGAAACAUCAGAAAGUAUUUAUGAAAUUAAAAAAAAAUGA